GCUUUAUUUUUUUUCAUGGAUAUUCUUCUUCGAGUAUUUGUAGAAGGGGCACAAUUUUAUUUUUCUGACGUAGUUAAUUCUAUAGAUGCUGUGAUUAUCCUGGUGACUCUACUAAUUGAUUUCAUUUAUAUUUCUAAUGAGUUUGAGGUUUUUGAAGAUAUCCCCAGAUUGAUCACGUUCCUUCGAUCACUGCGACUCAUCAUUCUGAUGAGAAUUUUUCAUCUGGCACACCAGGAAAGACAUCUCAAAAAGCUGACCAGAAGGAUGGUUUCAGGAAACAAGCGACGGUAUAAGAAAGAUGGAUUUGACUUAGACCUCACUUACAUCACUGGGCGCGUCAUUGCCAUGUCGUUCCCGUCUUCUGGAAAGCAGUCUUUCUACCGGAACCCCAUUCAGGAAGUCGUGCGGUUCCUGGACACCAAGCAUCGCAACCACUACCAAGUCUACAACCUCUGCAGUGAAAACGCUUAUGACCCUAAGUACUUCCAUUAUAGGGUCCACCGAUACAUGGUUGAUGACCACAAUGUGCCCUCUCUGAGUGAGAUGGUGGAGUUUUCCAAAGAAGUGCAAAAGUGGAUGGCUCAAGACGACAAGAACAUCAUAGUGAUUCACUGCAUGGGAGGCAAAGGACGGACUGGAACGAUGGCCUGUGCCUACCUUAUUGCCUGUGGGCUGUUCCAAACCGCGGAGGAAAGCCUUCAUUAUUUUGGAGAACGACGAACAGAUAGAACCACCAGCAAAAAAUUUCAGGGAGUGGAAACUCCUUCGCAGAGCCGAUAUGUUGGAUAUUUUGCAGAUGUGAAAAACAUCUAUAACUUGACUCUCCCUCCAAGAAACUUGCUUAGGAUAAGAAAAAUUGUUAUUUAUUCAAUUCACGGUGUUGGAAAAGGCAACGGAGAGGAUCUAAAAGUACAAAUCAUAAUGCGCCAAAAGAUUGUCUUUUCCUGUUCUGCGUCUAAGAACUGUAGGAUCGUCCACGACGUGGAAAGGGACAGAGUGAGCAUCCAUCUCUGCAACUGCCCCCUUCUGUACGACGACGUGAAGGUGCAGUUCCUGUCCUCGGCUCUUCCGAAAGACUACGACAACUGCCCGUUUUUCUUCUGGUUCCACACGUCCUUCAUACAGAACAACAGGCUUUAUCUCUCAAGGAAUAAAUUGGACAAUCCCCAUAAACGAAAAACAUGGAAAAUUUAUCGUCCAGAAUUUGCCGUUGAAAUAUAUUUUGAUGCCAUUGAUCAAGUUGUAGCUGAAACCUGAUUAAGUAGAAUUCCCCAUCCAGGACAGAAUCAUAUUCUCCCCAACCCCUGCCCCGUAUUUAUAUUUUCAAAACCUGUUUCCUCUCUGGUAUACUAAUAUUUGCAUACAUGUACAUAUGUUCUCGAAAAAUCUAUUAAAUAUACAUUAAAUACAGACAAAGGAAUAUGUCAAUGGCGAUUUUUUUUUCCUUUUUGAAGGAAUAAACGUCACACAAAGUUUUGUAGUGAGGCAAGUUUGGAUGCAGUCCACAGGAACAUCAUUUACCCCUUUUAAAAUCGUGAAUUAGAACUUUCAUAUCAAAGUAACCAAGGUAUUGAAAAGCUGUGAUUCUCCCCUAUAUGGUGGGUUCACUUCAUUGAAUUCUGUAUUUUUGGAUGAGUGUUUCGUCCCUGCUCGGUUUCACAUUAUAACUUCAUAUUAGAAAAGCAGCCUCUAUUUUCUUCCCCCCUUUGAUUUACAAACUGACAAACACCAGAUCGGCAGCAAAGACCGUCUGAAGCCCACAGCAAUGUCCCCACAGCGGGCCCCUCGCCAGCGCCUGCCUGUCUCUCGCUCCCCACGCGCCACGCAGAGCUGAGCAAGCUCCCUGAGGUCACACACGCAGACGCUGGGGAGGGUGGAGGACCGUGUCACCCUGAAGACUUACUGAAGAACCUUCAGGAGCUCCUGCUUUUGUGCAACAUCACAAUUAAAGUCGAAGGAAAUGUUUGCAGGGGAGGAAGGAGAUCUAGAUGAUUAUUCCCCACCCCCGCUAAAACCAGCUUCACCUGAGCCUGGGGACCCUGCGAAGGGAGGUCACCUUUUCAUUGUAAGCACUGGUCAGUCCUGUGUCUACAGGGUGUCCUCUUAUCUUUGGUACCUGGUACUGUUUUAGUCUGAGUGCCUUCUCUGCUACUGGAUCAUAACACUGUACUCGUCCUGGAGAACAGUUCUGGUUUGGCUUUAUUGAAAUUACCCUUCUUGAGUGAUUUUUCCUAUAAUUGGCAAGUUAAGUUCAUCGGGAAACAAAGGUAGCAGCGAAUAAGAAACAGUGCGUCUGUUAAAAUGCUAUACUCAUUCCUGAAAAACCUUGCGGUCUGCACAAAGAACACAUUAAAGAAAUGGUUUGAGCAGGGGAGAUCAGGUUUGGGGGCUUGGGGGUUUGGGGCAGACUGCUCCAACUAAACAGUACCAGCACGCUACCCACUAACCACCCUGAUAGCAGCUCAGAAGGCCUAGUGGUUGCCACAGCAGGCAUUUUUAAAAAAUAUAUUGUAUUGAUUAUGUUAUUAUUGUUGUCCUAUUUCCCCCCCUUUAUUCCCCUCUGCCCUGCACAA